AUGAAGAAGUUAGAAUAGGUGAAUACAUAUCUAAACAAAUUUGAUGAAACAAUUCUAAAAUUACUUAAAGAGUCAAAUAUUAACACAAUUAAAAGAACACAACCCAAAUCCAUUAUAAACUCAGACGAGCCCACGAAAUAAUAGGAUGAGAUUCUAAACAAUUACCAAUAUACACCUGUGUCAAAUAUGGAAAAUUCUUAAUUAAAAAAGUCAGAUAUUAUAGAAAAUAAUAACUCCUAUAGAAUUUGCAGAAGCAGACAAUAGAUUAAGACCCAAACUUUUGAAAAAUUCUAGCCCUAACAAUAAUCUAUUGUUGUUAAUAGUCCUAUUCAUUCAGGAAUGCCAUCCCCAAAUCAAGGAAGCACCUCAAUCAACAUUGUAGAAAGACUUAAAACUAUCGAAUAACAUUAUGGAAAUAAAAUCAAGAUAUUAGAAGAGGAAAACAACCAAUUAAGAAAAGCCUCUUAAAAUGAUAAAAUCUAAAUAUAAUCUUUAGAGUCCUAAGUGCAAAAAUUAGAAAUUGAUCUAAAAGAAUAAUAAAAACUAUUUUAAGAUAUUCUCUAAAAGUAGUUAAAUGAUUAAAAAUAAUAAAUGUAGUUUGAAUUGGAGGAAUAAGAAACUAGACUCAAAAGAUAAUUUGAGAGAUAGACAUCCAGGAAAGAUUAAAGAAUAUUGGAAUUAGAAUAAUGGUAACAAAAGAAAAGAUCACAUCAUACUGAUAGUAAUAAUACAAAUUUACUAUUUACAUUCAAAACACAUGAUCAUUGAAUUACUUAUAAUUAGUUAUUUUUAGAUCUUUUUGGAGA